UUCCGCUCACAGGCAUAGUUCCCAUGAUCACAUUUAUUAAUAAAAUACAACUAUUCUCAAAAGCCUUAAACUCGUCAUGCUAAGCUUAUGAGUAAAUCGUACCUGUAAUAUUUUUCUGGUUUCUAGGACUUAAGUGACAACGUCCGAGCUUAUUGUUGGGCGUUUGAAAUUGGACACCGCUAGGAUUGAGGUCCCUAUUUCAUGCGGAGGGAUACGGUUUUGGUUGACAAUGUGGAUGGAGGUUGUUAAGAUGUCUACUCGAAGGAUGAAACGGUCUCAAUUGUAGCAACAAAAAAAAGGAGACGCGAGAGUUGUAGAGUUUGGAUGCGAAAAGGGAACCUAAAUUUAAUGACGUGGAUUGCUGUACGAACCAACGUAAAAUCAGAAGAAAGGAAGAUAUCGUGGCUCUGAUACCCAGUGCUUUUGAAGAGGCGCUGUGGUGUGAAAUUCUCUUGAAGUUUUAUGUUAUUUUUCCAACGGGGUUUCGUCUAGCUAGCUAGCUAUCUUCACUGCUUGAUGCUAGACAUUUAAGAAGAAAAAGGGCUGUUUGUUGGUGUGACUGAGUGGCAUGACCGAGCAGCAGGGGAGAAUGGCCGCAGUGGGAACAGACAAGGAACUCAACGACCUCCUGGAUUUCAGUGCGAUGUUCGCACCACCUGUGGCCAAUGGGAAGAACAGACCAACAACACUCGCCAGCAGUCAGUUCGGAGGGUCAGGUUUGGACGAGCGCAGCGGGUCUGGAUCGUGGGGUCCCGGCGAGCAGAACAGCCCCUCCUUCAAUCAGGCACGGGGCUAUGGGGAGGGCUCUCACUACGGUGAGCAUCAGGAGCUGGCCUCUUCCCCCUUCCUCACCUCAGGGAUUGUAGGUAAAAAUGAAAGGGUACCUUACUCCUCCUUUGGGGCUCAGCCGGGUUUCCUGCCCAGCGACAUGGCGAUGCCCAGCCCAGAUGCCAUGUCCCCCUCCGGCAUCAAGUCUGGCUCCCAGUUCUACCCCUCGUAUCCCAGCAACCCCCGCAGGCGGCCCUCGGAGGGGAACGUGGACACCCAGCCAAAAAAGAUCCGGAAAGUUCCCCCUGGCCUGCCGUCCUCUGUCUACGCCUCCGCCUCCAGUGAGGAGUACUCCAGGGACGGAGCGGGGUACCCCGCCCCCAAACCUGGCACCGUGUACCCCGGGUCCUUCUACAUGCAAGAAGCCCUCCACCCCUCCCCGGACCCCUGGGCCCCCUCGGGACCCCUGGGGCAGCCUGGGUACUCGGCCAUGCUGGGGAACUCCGCCCACAUCAGCCAGCCCGGCCCCUUCACCGCCAUCAACCCCCAGGACAGGAUGAAGCGGCAGCCCCUGCCCCUGUCCCCGCAGAACUACCCCCUCCACGGCAGCGAGGUGAACGGUAGCCUGCCCGCGGGGUUCCACUCGAGCUCCGGGGGCUACGGCGUGUCCAGCCACACGCCCCCCGUCAACGGCACCGACGCCAUCAUGGCAAACCGAGGCACCACGGCGGGAAGCUCAGGAGACGAGAUCGGAAAGGCGUUAGCGUCGAUCUACCCAUCGGACCACAACAGCAACAACUUCCCCUCUACCCCCUCCACUCCCGUGGGUUCCCCUCAGGGCAUUGCAGCUGCGUCCCAGUGGCCGCGGUCGUCUGGUCCUGCCAGCCUCUCCCCCAGCUAUGAGGGGGGGCUGCACGCGCUGCAGAACAAGAUGGAGGACCGUCUGGAGGAAGCCAUCCACGUGCUGCGCAGCCACGCGGUUGGCCAGGGCCCCGGGAUCGGCGGGGCUCACUCGGACAUGCACAGCCUGCUGACCGCCGCGUCCUCCGUGCACGGCCUGGGGGGGCUGGCGCAAGCCUUCACCAACGCGGGGCUCGCCCUGAGCAACCGCCACCCCGCCAUGAUGGGCAGUCACCACGAGGACUCGGCGGGUCUCCCCGCCAACAGUGCGCUGGGGCACGGCCACCACGCCUCUGUCCCACCCCCGGCCAGCGGCCAGCCCGAGGGCUUCACCAGCCUGGCUACAGGACCCCGCUCCACACACUCCAGCAGCUCCGACAUCAAGCGGGAGGACAAGGAGGACGAGGAGAACUCCAACGCCGACAAGUCCGAGGACGAGAAGAAGGACUCCAAAGCGUCCCGCACCCGAUCAAGGUGUCUGCCACCCACCUCCCCUCACCUGGCAGCUAGCUGGCUGGUGCCUUGCAUGGCAGCCAUUCUCCAGGGCAGUCAAGACGACGAAGAGGAGGAGGAGGACGACGAGGACCUCCCGCCGGAGGUGAAGAUCGAGCGGGAGAAGGAGCGGAGGGUGGCCAACAACGCGCGCGAGAGGCUGCGGGUUCGAGACAUCAACGAGGCCUUCAAGGAGCUGGGCCGCAUGUGUCAGCUGCACCUGAGCAACGACAAGCCCCAGACCAAACUGCUCAUACUGCACCAGGCCGUCAACGUCAUACUCAACCUGGAGCAGCAAGUGCGCGAGCGGAACCUGAACCCCAAGGCCGCCUGUCUGAAGCGCCGGGAGGAGGAGAAGGUGUCCGGCGUGGUGGGGGACCCCCAGAUGCAGCUAUCGGGGGGACACCCAGGCCACGGAGGGGACGGCCAUAACCCCGUCAGCCAUAUGUAACACCUGGAUCCUGUGGAGUUUCCUGGGCUCUUGGAAGAUGUGGCCUUAUAUUUUUCUUCCAUCAUUCUUCUCAGUGUGUGUGUGCGUGCGUGUGUGUGGGCCCGUGUGUGUGUGUGUAUGUGUGAGCGUGUGUACGUACACACGCAGUUUGUGUACGAACGAGUAAAUGCAGACGCACGUUCACACACCGCACACACGCGCACACUGCCAAAACUGACACAGCCAACAGGCCGCACUCUCGACCAUGACUACCAGCGCAAAUGUGAAGACUUUGUUUUCCUUUUUUAUAUACUCGCGUACGUGGCUCUCUAAUCUUACAGAGCGCGGACGAGUCCUGCAGCGAUCGGACACUUUUACACUGCCGAAGGAAGAGAACCUAACAGAAAAAACCACAAAAUUCAAUGAAAAGGAUUUGUGCCUAAUUGUUACAUGUUUUAUAUGAGACAUUUAAACAAAUUGCUUACAUGUUUGGAACAAAAUGUGUUUGGGAAUGCUCAUAUGAGUCUUUUUUUUUCCUUUUACUUUUUGGUAGUGUCAUUCCCAGGUGAUAAUGGUACAGUCUUAUACGCAGCACAGAAACAUUAUCAGUGGCCAGGCAAGGUUCUGAACAGGAUUCACCAACCCCAGUGUUUUGGGGGGGGGGGGCCUUCUCCCCCCCUCCUCCCCUCCUCCCCUCCUGCUCUUCAUCAAAAACAAAGGGAAGGGGACACUCGUCUGCCUGGACAUCUUAUUUUCAGCAUUGCUGAAGCAGAUUCUGUUUCUUUUGAAAAGUUGUUCUUCCACUCCACAGAUGGGAAUAUGUGGAGAGACUACAGUAUUGUGCCCCCCUCCAAUCACACACACACACACACACACACACACACACAAACACACACACAGGCGUACACACACAGAAUCAUCAAAGUGGGACACACUGCUCGAGACUGUCAGAGGCGACGCAGAGAAAAAAGCGCUGUUUUAAAGCGCUGCUUGUUUAUGGGGUUCCGUUGACACUGUCCUUUCCCUGCUAAGGAGGCCGGAACGCUUGUGGCUUAAGGUGGAGGAGCUUCCAUGGACGCCCACGGAUCCGGUCGCCUUUCCGUCGGAGCGCCGCUCCUCCGGGGGAAGAGGCGGGGGGGGGAGGGUUCUCUUUUGGGGGUGCCGUGUGGGGCACCUUUUCUGUGCCGAAUCCCCACGCCCUCACCCCCAGAGGGCCCCCCGUCCCGUGCGCCCUCCCAGGACAACGAAACGAAAUCACGGGAUUUGGAGGAGAGAGGAAUUCUUUUUCUUUUGUUUCCUGCAGUUUCAAGGUUCCUCCGAGAUUUGUUCUGAACUGUGCCCCCAUGAAAUGGCCAAAUGGGAAUCGCCUCUGCCUUGGUCCGCCCCCCUCGCCCCCCCCACAGAACAUGCCAAUUUUCCAGAGCCUUCCACAGCAUCGCACGUCUGAAUUAUCCCGAUCUCGCUCUGAGAGGAGUGCGACCCCUCUCCCACGGUGUGUGGGGAACGGCGUUCCCAGCCACUUUUCCGGCUGCGCCACGCCGGGAAUCUCGUAUUCACGCGUUCACACGUCCUCGCACCGAGACCAAGCCAGAGUUCCAGAGAGUCCGGUUCAUGUAUACAUAAAAAGUAGGGAUGUUAUUUUAUGUAAGAUGAGCAAAAAUUAAAUAUAUAUUUUUAUUAGAAUAUCCAUGUAGAUUUUUAGAUCUAAAAAAAAAAAAAAAAAAGAAUGGUCAAACUAGUCUGGAGAUUGAGUGUAUUCGGAGGGAGGAAGCAGAGAAGUUGAUGAAAUGGCUCUUGAUACAUUUUCAAACUGCCACUUAAUUGGACAGUGAUUUUUUUGAAGAAAACGGAAGAAAAAUAAUUCUGUUAUGGAUAUGAGCUGACAUUUACAGCGGAUGUGAGAUUUCGGGAAGGACAGAUGGGCUGGCCUAGUCUUUUAGGCGUAGGAUUCAGGUUCAAGUCCAGCCACCUGUUUCUGAUUUACCUGCCAGUUGUAAAAUACAGUGUAAAGUACUUCUAGUUUUCAAAUGGACUUUGACACUCACUGGUUGAAGUUGAACUGUCUUUAAAGACAGCCCUGGACAAAUGUGGUGUGGCGGUUCAGUGAGCCGCCUCUCACGCAGAUAACAGAACAUUUUUUGCAUUGCGACGAAGUGGAAAUUUCUCUUAUUUGGGUCCCCAGAUUGUAAUUUCCUUUAAAAGGGAAGGGGUGAUGUCAUAAUCCAUAAUGGAACGGUCUCAUUUUCCAAGAUAUGUGUGUGCUUAAUUAAAGAGAGUGCUGUACUUGCAUCUAAUGGCAAUACGUUUGCCAUGUGGCUUUGAGUGACCGAUACGGCGUAACCAAGGUGAGACUGGAAAAUUCUCCCAAUGGCAAUUAUGCAACUGUUCGAAUGUACAGUUCAAAGGUCAAAGGAACACUCUCCUUGUCAGGGCUCUCAGUGGUCAUUCUAUUGAUUUCAGUUCACUGUCGUAAGAGCUAAUCUGUCAUCCCCCCCCCCCCCCCCCCGCCCCCCCCCUCCUCGGUGUAGCUAAUGGCAUAUCUUACUGCAAGCUACUGUGUCCUGAGGCAUUGUGGGUAAUAAGGGAGAGGCUGAACAAAAAGGAUGUAUUGAUACAACAGUGUUCAUUCCUUGUGGUAAUUUCUUGCCCGGUCUGGAUGUCUGGCAGGACGUGGUCACCACAGGAGGAAAUGUGUGUUUUCGUUCGUCGGUGGUGAUUAUCGUUGGGAGAGCUCUCAAAAGUGUGCAAGUUGGUUUAUAUAUAUAUAUUUUUUGUUGGAAAAGAAAAAAAAAAAAUCAAUCAUGUGGCCUUUUCAUUCUCAAGACUUCAAAUGUCAUGUUGGGAAAGUGAUACCGUAUCAGUGCCUGAACAUUUUUUCAGUUAAAUCUUUAUUUCAGGUGUUUUUUUAAAAAGCAUAAUGUCAUAUAUUGCUGAGAUGUGCGGUACACCCAGUGUGUUUUCUUUUUAUUUAAUGUGGCUUAAUAAAAGGAAAAAUAUGGAAUUGGGGGAAUUGGAUUUUUUAUUUUUUUUUCUGUCCAUCUAUUGUAAUGGAACAUACAAAGUUUUUUGGGGGAAAAAAAAAAGAGCAAAAUGUUACUUGUUUUGUAGAUCUUUGUUUUUUUUGUUUUGUUUUUUUAAUUAAACUGGAUUCGACCAUUUCUCCUGCCCACUGCUUUGGGUAGUGACUGGAGUACAUUUGUCAAGUCCUUGUUUUAUGUUAGUUUUCUCCCCCCUGCGUGUUUGAUAGCCGCUCGACUGGUGUUCGAAAGCUGGUCAGCGCCGCUUGCCACACAGCUGGGUUCGAAGAGACGCCCGUUUCUGUGCACAGUCUCGUGUUCUGGCGGCCACCGCUCCGUGCCCACGGCUUCGAGACGCGCAUUUUACUAAAAACCUAAAAAGUAUUCCUCCUUCAGGAUUUAGCUACAUUGUAAUGGUCGACGCCCCCCCCCAGCUCCUGGUUUUGGCCCACGUACAGAUUUCGACACGCAUCUUCUAGAUUUAGUUAUUCGUGAACUGAAAACGGUGCCCUUGAUAUUAUUGCGGAUUUGUAAGUGCGUAAGGUGGGAUGUGGGCCACAGGCCUUGCCCUCCCCCAUUACACGCACUGUUACAGAACCUGGCGUCUCGGUCAUUGGGGACACAAACCAGUCUGCUGUUGAGUUCUUAGAGUGCCUCCAGUCCCAGUCUUUUUUUAUUUUAUAUAUAAAGUAGCUAUUGAGAACUGUCCUGUAUAUAACCGUAAUGUAGCAAUAAAUGUGCCAUUUUUAAUAACAGAAUUAUACCUUUUUUCAAUGUCUGUCUUUUGAAACUUGUAUACUUUAAAAAAAAAAAUAAAGGAAAACAUUGUAAUAAAGGUUUUACCAUAACCUGAAAA